GUUCAGUCAAAACAAAGCGCGAACGGCGCGAACAACAGUAAAAGUGGCGCUCUGUGAGCGAACGUGCAUUACUUUUUAGCAUUGUAAUUCUUAUGCAUUUGUUUGAAUAAUAAUUGUAGAUUAGUGAACAAAAUUGUAUUCAUCUACUCAAAAUGUUAUUCAGCCAAGAUUAUCAACGUUCGGUCGAAGAUGUCCAUACGAUAAUCCAAUAUGCAAAGCUGGAUCACAAUAACUUGACCAAUACAGCACAGGCCAUAUACUAUCCGGAUGGCGAUCAGGACAUGUCCAGGCUGAAGCUACUCGAAGCGGAUGAUCACAUUCUAGAGCAAAUCAAGGAAGGCAAAUCGGUAUCGUUCAAGGGGGCUCUCAACGAAAAGGUGGUCAUCUGCACCGAAUCCCGGACGUACGAAGUGAAAGAAGCGGAAAUUUCAAACAGUUUACUGUUGAUUCCUCAUUUGAAGCAGGCCCAAGCUACAAGCCGAUCUCCAAUCAAAAGUCCCAAGGGGGAAGUUAAUACAUCGCUGGACAGCAGCACCGAAGAGGUAGAGGAGCCAGUGGACAGCAUCGACACUGUAGAGCGUAGAGAUGUGGUCAAAAUAUUCCAUGACUACUUCGAGUGUCGUCAGGUCAAGCCCAAGUAUAGGAAGAUCAUCGAUCUGCUCCGGUUGACCAAAUAUUCCGGUCCAGAGAAUGAGCACCUGGUCGAUCGAUCGCUACUGUUCAGAUUCAAUCAGCUGUUGGAUACGGUUCAAUGUAGCAAAGAGGAGUUCCAGGAUGGAUUGAAGAAGUAUCGCGCGAUCGAGAUAGACGAUCGCAUUCGAAUGCUGGACAGCGAGUACGAGUACAGGAUCGUGACACUGCUGUUGGCGUUGAUCGGAGAAAACUCGUGGGAUCUGGAUGAGAUCGAUAAGGAUGUGAGCGUGGAAUCGCUGCAAGGAAUCGUCCCGUAUGAAGCAGCCGACGGAGUAUUCGAUUUGUAUACGGAGAAAAGCGAAAGGUUUCCAGGGAAGUUCAAGUAUCGCGAAGAUCUCGUGUGUUCGUUGUUUGCGGAGAAAAUUCUUCAGCAAGGACUAAAGUUCCAGAUCGAUGAUUUCUUGAUGACCUGGCAGGAAACGCUGCCGGAAGGGUUCAAGGCCGACGAAAAGUAUCUGCGUGGAAUUGGGAUCAUCGAUCGCGAAGGGAACGUCCCCUGCGUAAAGGCGCUGAAUGAAGCAGACUUGCCCACGAACUUGCUCGUUCGAUUGGUAACAUUGUUCAAAACGAAGGAACGCUGGAACUUGGAGCAGAUUGAACCGUACAUUGAAUGCUUCACGACACCGACACUGGGAGUGACCUCAAUCCUUGCUAAGCACACGCGUUCAUUGGUAGUGAAUGGAGUGCGAAUUUACGUGUCCAAGCACUGAUAAAGGUAAAGUUUGGAAAACUGUUGUUUUGCAACGUGGGAGAAUAUAUACCUGCGGUUCAAUAAGUACAUUUAAGUUUUGUUCUAUAAUAAAGUUAAAUAAUA